GGAGCUCUGUGAAGGAAAUCUCCCUCGCACUGUUCCGCUCGAGGAACUUCGGGGCUGCGCGGCGCGGACGACGGUCGAGGCUAGACUAGAGUGGACUGCGCUGGUCGGUUCGAGUCGAGUCGAGGCCCCUGGCCGCGCCUGCGAGACGUGGAGCAAUUUCAAGCGAAUUGCGGUGUUUAAAGAAGGAGAGACUGCUGCAGGGCAUUCGUCCGAACUCUCUCGGCUCGUGCUCGUGCUCGUUUUUGAGACCGUCUCGCAGGGCAGGGCAGGGCAGGGCAGGCAGGGCAUUGCGGAGAACGUAGGGCAAGGAGGAGCAGGAGGGUUUGAGUGUGCACGGAGGCGUAUGGUGGUUGUGAAGGUUUGGAUUCCGCAAGGCUGAAGCCGAAGAUUGUCGUGGUUUUGGACUGCGGCCUCCGGAGGCAGGCAAGCAGGUAUGGUCGCCGCGGCACUUGUGAGUGUGCAUAGUCUUACGGACUGUGCACUGAGUAGAUCUGCUGGCUCGUCUUCGUGUUCACCUCUUCUAUUCAGAUUAGCUAGCAGCCGUGUGGCUUUGGGAGGAAGAUUGCGAGGCGGAAGAGGAGGCGUCGAACCGCUUGGUUUUAGGCAUGGAAUUGUUCAACCUCUAGAAUACAGGGGUUUAGGGAGAUAUGGGCAGAGGAUGAGCCGUGCCGCGCGGUCGAGACAGUCUAGUGAGGAGACGACUCUCGUUACCGCGAAUUUGGCGAGAGAAGCGCUCGAGAGCGGGAAUGGGAAUGGGAGUGGUAAGAGCAGCAACGGUAUCGCGUAUCAGUCAUUCGAAAGGGUGGUCCCCCCGCCCACCAACGGGGCAGCAAAAGUCAAUUCCAAUGGCGCGGUUAAGAUUAACAGCAAUGGAGCGGCAUCACCCAGGAAUGGUGUGCUUGUUGCAGAGCCAGUUGUUAGCGCGAAUCCCUCAAAUGGUUCCGCCGUGAAAGCUCCACAAGACGUCAGCUCGAGUCGCCUCUCUGGCAAGGUAGAAGACAUCGGGCAAGAGGACCCCUGGUUCAAGCAAGGAGAUCGUCAAAAUGUGAAGGUUUCCGUAGCUCCAGGUGGCAGGUGGAACAGAUUCAAAACGUACUCUACUAUUCAGAGGACUCUUGAGAUUUGGGGCUUUGUGGUCGCAUUUCUGUUCAAGUGGUGGCUCAACAACCAAAAAUUCAUGUACAGAGGAGGGAAGACGGAAGAGGAAGUGAAAAAAAAACGUAGAGCUCUGGCCAAGUGGUUAAAGGAGGGUCUCCUAAGGCUAGGACCGACCUUUAUCAAGAUUGGGCAGCAGUUUUCUACCCGUGUCGAUAUCCUGCCGCAGGAGUAUGUGGACCAGCUGGCGGAAUUGCAGGAUCAAGUACCUCCGUUCGAUUCUGAAACAGCAUUGAAGAUUGUGGAAGAGGAGCUAGGCCCAGUCGACCAAGUAUUCGAAAGAUUUGACCGCGACCCUAUCGCGGCAGCCAGUUUAGGACAAGUGCAUCGCGCUCGCCUGAGAGGUGAAGAGGUUGUUGUGAAAGUUCAGCGUCCUGGGUUGAAAGACCUCUUCGACAUAGAUCUGAAGAAUCUUCGGGUUAUCGCCGAGAAUUUGCAAAAGAUCGAUCCGAAGUCAGACGGCGCUAAAAGAGAUUGGGUCGCCAUUUAUGACGAAUGUGCAGCAGUUCUGUAUGAGGAAAUUGACUAUUGCAAAGAAGCUGAGAAUUCCCAACUAUUUGCAAAUAAUUUUAAGGACCUGGAUUACGUCAAAGUGCCAAGGAUUUACUGGGAAUUAACGACCCCACAGGUUCUAACCAUGGAGUACGUUCCUGGGAUCAAGAUCAAUCGUAUUGCUGCCUUAGACCAAUUAGGAGUUGACCGUCAAAGGCUGGCAAGGUACGCAGUAGAGUCUUAUCUGGAGCAAAUUCUUCGUCAUGGGUUCUUUCACGCAGAUCCUCAUCCAGGUAACAUUGCUGUGGACGAUACAAAUGGUGGCCGCCUGAUCUUUUACGAUUUUGGCAUGAUGGGCAGUAUCAGCCCAAAUAUAAGAGAAGGACUCUUGGAAGCAUUCUACGGAGUGUAUGAGAAAGAUCCCGACAAGGUGCUUCAAGCUAUGGUUCAGAUGGGUGUGUUGGUGCCCACUGGAGACAUGACUGCCAUCCGCCGUACUGCUCAGUUCUUUCUAAACAGUUUCGAAGAGCGUCUGGCAGCUCAGCGUAAAGAAAAGGAGGAGAGAGAAAAAGAUGAGCGUGACAUUGCAUUAGGUUUUAAGCCACAACUGACAAAGGCGGAAAGAGAGGAGAAGAAGAAACUCCGACUGGCGGCAAUCGGUGAGGAUCUGUUAUCAAUAGCUGUGGAUCAGCCUUUUCGCUUUCCUGCCACAUUCACAUUUGUGGUCCGAGCUUUUUCAGUACUCGAUGGUAUUGGUAAAGGAUUGGAUCCUCGAUUCGACAUUUCAGAAAUUGCCAAACCAUAUGCACUAGAGCUCUUGAAAUUCAGGGAAGCUGGUGUGGAGGUGGUUCUCAAGGACUUCAGAAAACGCUGGGAUAGGCAGGCCCGGGCAUUCGCUAACGUCUUCAGGCAAGCUGACCGGGUGGAGAAAAUUGCCGAUGUGAUCCAAAGGCUGGAACAAGGUGACUUGAAACUUCGAGUAAGGACCUUGGAGUCAGAGAGGGCAUUCAAACGAGUUGCUGUUGUACAACAAUCCAUCGGACAGGCCAUCCUUGCCGGAACUACUCUCAAUCUUGCCACAAUGCUCUAUAUAAAUUCAUUCAGGGUACCUGCCCUUGCCGGGUUCAGCGUCAGUGCAUUAUUCGGUAUGCAGGUUCUUUUUGGACUAUUGAAGAUUAAGAAACUGGACAAGCAAGAAAAGCUCAUCACCGGAACUGCGUAGAAAUAGUUACAAUUCGAAACUCCAUCACCCUUGUACUAUUUGCCUUGAGAUAGUCUUAUGAUCACGUGCUGCCAUGAGUCGUCUGAUUCUGGUCAGCCACCUCGGAAUCAGCCAGCCUAGAAAUUUUUUUGAUAACAGUACCGGGUUUGCAGUUGUAGAACCUCAUAGUCUGCGAACCCUUGUAACUUUAGCCAGGACAAAUACAAAUAUAAUACAUAUAGUAGUAGCAUAUUCUUUCACAUAACUGCCUCAGCGCACCCGUUUUAUAAAUGGCUGUAGACAGGUUGUAUCUUGGCCG